AUGGCUUUACUUCCGGGUGAGGCUGCUGCGUCAGCGGCACCUGCUGCUGCGAAGAAGAAGAAGCGGAAUGCGUUCGAGGCUCUGGGUUUGUCGACGCCGACGUCUCUGGCGGCGAUUAAGGGUCUGGGCUUCUCUCAGCCGACGCCCAUUCAGCGCCGAGCCAUUCCGCUGCUGCUCAAGCGCAAAGACUGCAUCUUGAUGUCGCGCACGGGGUCUGGGAAAACUGCCUGUUUCCUCCUUCCGCUCCUCGACCUCCUGGGGCAGCACAGCUCAGUCGUCGGCGUGCGGGCGGUCCUGAUUGCUCCCACGCGCGAGUUGGUUGCGCAGAUUCACCGAGUCUGCCACAAGCUCCUCAGCAGCAGUUCGCUGCGUCUCUGCUGUCUCCUCGGCGGCGAGAACUACUCGAAGCAGUUUCUCGCCUUGUCGCGCAACCCGGAUAUUCUCCUCACGACCGUCGGUCGCGGCACACAGCUGCUCCAGGACAAGGUUCUGAGUCUCGCCGCCGCGAGUUUCCUCGUCCUCGACGAGGCCGAUCGGAUCUUUGAGCUCGGUUGGAAAGAACAACUUUCCAUCUUAUUUGCUGCGCUCCCCGCGAACAAGCAAGUCGUCCUCGUCUCGGCCACGCUCCCUGGCGAUCUCGUCCACUUUGCGAAACUCGGACUCCGCGAUCCCGAAUUCGUCCGCCUCGAAAAAGAGUGCACCCUCAGCGACGACCUCCAAAUGCAGUUCCUCUUCGUCAGAGGUGCCCAAAAAAUACCCACUCUUCUUUUCCUGCUCAAGCAAACCAUUCAGAAGAAAGAGCAAGUUCUGGUCUUUGCGUCGACGCGUCAUCAAGCGACUUUUCUUCAGUGCUUCUGCGAGCGCCUUGCCUUCCCCUCGGCUGUCAUCUACGGCGCGAUGGACCAGACGGAGCGCGUCCAAACUCUCGCUGCGUUCAAAAAAGGAAAGAUCUCUGUUCUUUUGGUGACUGACGUCGCGGCGCGGGGUCUCGACAUUCCGCAUCUUCCUUCCGUCAUCAACUUCGAUUUCCCGUCGUCUGCGAAGCUGUUUGUGCAUCGCGUGGGGCGCACAGCACGUGCCGGCAGGGCGGGCACGGCGUUCUCGCUCGUCACUGGCGACGAUUUGCCUUAUGCUGUCGAGCUGAUGAGUUUCCUCGGCGGCCGUCUCGUUCCACCCUUUUCCUCGUCUUCCGGAGAAGACCCUGCAAAAGAAGAUAAUCCCGAAGAUCUUGCUUCCCUCAAACGCGAAGACGCCUGCUCGGCAGACACCUCUUCUUCCUCUUCUUCCUCUUCAUCCGCCUCUUCUUCAUCCGCCUCUUCUUCAUCCGCCUCUUCUUCAUCCGCCUCUUCUUCAUCCGCCUCUUCUUCAUCCGCCUCUUCUUCGGCCUCUUCCUCCUCUUUGGGGAACUACGUUCUGGCGGGUCCUCCUGCGUUGAUUGAUCCGUUUGUGGAAUUUUGUGAACAUCUUUUGCACACCGACGAGGACGUCGCAGCUGCCAGCAAGACUGCGUCCUCGGCGAACGUGAUGUACUACAAGACGCGUCCCUCGGCGUCUCGGCAGAGCGUGGAGCGGGCGAAGAGUCUCCUCGCGCAGUGCGGCGGCGCCAUGGUUUUGUCGGCCUUCUCCCAUCCCUGUUUCUCGCCUUCUCUCGGCGACGCCGAAGCUCCUGCACCAAGCGCGGCAGGUUCCGAAGGCGAGAAAGGGCCGAGCCGACCCAGCGGCGCGCUGGCCGACGGCUCCCGAAUAAAGGGCGAAGUGCUCUUUCGCCUGCAGAACUACCGGCCGACGAUCGGCGAGCGCGGGAGCGUCUUGUCGGCGACGGUGAUGCGCGGCAUGCACAUGAAGAAGUCCGAAAUGCUUCGGUACCGGAACCUGCUCCAAGAGCUGCGUCAGUCUGGGGUGGAUUCCACUUUGGACAAACGCGAAGAAGACGACUUCCCCCGCGUCAGCGGGUACGAAGCCGACGAGAGCGACCGCGACGAAGACGGUUUGAAGGAUGCCCGCCGACCCUCCGUCUGCAGCCUCGACCAGGAGACUGGCGAGGACAGUGAGGCGGAAAUGGAAGGCAGUGGGGAAAGUCACGUGCGCACGCGGCGCAGAGCCCAGAGCGAGUCGGAAAUCCGCACACGACCUUCGGCCUCGCUGGCGAAACAGGCGCCUUCCCGCAGUCAGCGGAAGCCUCGGAGCGCCCUCGAGAGCGACGGAUCCCCGCGCGCGUCGCCCGCGUCCUCUGUCCUCUCUGGGCUCCUCGGCUCGACGCCCAACGGUGGGACGUGGGCGAAGCUCCGCGUGAGCAAGCGGCGGCUGCGGCGCACUGCCAAGCAAUUGGGCAUCUCUGCCUCGUCGGCCGCCGCGAAGGAACGGUCGCUGUCUCUGCUCCAGGAACGUCGCGCACAGGAAGGCGACCGGCUCGGCGACAGUGGCGACGAGGCGGAGGACGAGGGUCUGAGGCGGAAGGGCGGAUUUUACCUCGACCUCAAGCGCGACACGUGCAGAGAAAAGACGCAGGAAACGCUCCUCAGACUGGAUGAAGCCGCCAUGGAUUUGAUCGCCGACGAAGACGACGACAUGAAGCGACAGCGAGCGACGGAACAGCAACGAUGGGACCCCAAGAAGAGGAAGUACAUCAUGAUGAAAGUGGACAGCGCGACUGGGCGAGCGGUAAAGCGCAAGCGCGGCACCGACAAGCAAGAGGAGAAAACAAGCAGCGCACAUCGCUAUGCACAGUGGUGUCGGGAAACAAAACGAAGGAUUCAGAGAGUUGGAGAAGAAGAAAGUCCUGAGCUUACGGCUGCAGCGCCGAGAGACAAGAGAGGCAGAGGACGCGGUGCGGACAAAAACUUCGUUUCGUCGUCAGAGUCCGACGGGGAGGGGCCAGGCCCUGCCUCGGGACGGCUCCUUGCAUUUACGGACAAACACAAAGGUAUCAAAGAAGCUCUGCAGAAGGGUGUGAAACUCACGCACAAGCAGAAGAGAAUCGUGAAAAAACUCCAAGCAGAUGUCCUAUCCUCGGGAUCGCAACGUUGGGGAAAGGGUGCAGCGGCUGCCACUCUGCCCACUGUCGAGCAGAUCGCCAAGAAACGCCGAAGGGAUCAGCAGCUUCGUCUGCGUCACGACAAGAAGAAGGCAAUGGAAGAAGCACGGAAAGGAAAAGAAAAGUGGAUGAAGAGACAGCAGGCCAAGGCGGCGCAAAAAGGCGCGAAAAACCGGUCGUUUAUGAUUGUGAAAAAGUCCAAAUCUCAGAAACGCAGUCGACCAGGACGACGGUGA